CUAAGCACCACGUGAUCUUCACAGCAAUAUAUAUAUAGAUCUGCUAGUUGUAGUUGCAGGUGGACAGUUGAAAACUGGAAACAGAAUAUAGUGAAAUCUUAAAGUUGGAGGCAUUACCAGUGUAAACUAUGGCUAACAGCAAAGAGCUCAGCCUCAAUGGGAACCCAAUGUUCUUUGAGGAUCUUAUUCUAUCUGCGGAGCGAACAGGUCUUCUCUAUCAUCUGUCGUAUCUUAGUUUGGGUGGAUUUCCUAAACUAGAGGAUCUGAUCAGAGAAAAGAUUCUAGAGACUCAGAUACUGUUUGAAUCUUCUGCGGACAUUCUGGUGAAGUGUGGCAGCACCAGUAAUAACCUGGUCACGUCUCUGUUCCCAAUGAUGAUGCACGCUGUUGAGAAUAAUGAACCCAGUGUGGCUGUGAAACACCUGGAGAUAGCCAGAAGCUGGAUCCAAGACAUCAUUAAAGACGUGGAAGACAUGGUGUACAGGUAUGAACAACAUAACCUCAGCGUGGCGUCGUGCACCAGUGACGUGAUUCAGGUGCAGAAUGACAAUGAAAACCAGCUCGUUGAACACUCCGAACAGAUCAAGAGUCUAAACAAUGCUUUAGAGAAGCUGGACGAGGACAUGAACAUAACAGUCCAAGAUGUGGCGAACUUGGAGAGACAAAUCGAGGAGAAAAACGCUGAGCUUGAGAGACAUCUUGAACACUUGUCGGAAAAAAAUCAUGACUUGAGUAUCAUGAGUGCGCUGGUGCCUGCUUUUGGCUUCUUGAUUAAGGCCAUGGUGGAUGCAGCGACUGAUCCUGAUGAAGCUGCUAAAACUCAAUCUCUCAACGACGAUCUGUCCCAACUCACCGCUCAAAAGAGGGAUCUGCAAAUAAAAGAGUGGGACAUCCAUGUUAAACAGACUGAGCUGCAGCUGGAGCUCUCCACUGCUAAAAUACAACUGGGUGUGAUUCCCGACCCCGUGCAUCUGAAGGACGUGCAGAAAUGUCUUUCUCAAAUGCAGCAGAAUCUGGUCGACCUGAAAAACUUCUGGGAAAAAUUUUCAAGUCUGCUGGACUUCCUGAAGAAGAGGACCUUCUUGAAUGAAGAGCUGAUCAAAGAGCUCAGUGACAUGGUGGAAGAGAUUCUGAUGUCUAUUAAAGUUGCUAGAGAGUUUUGGAUGAAAUUCGGCUCCAUGUGUUUGGUCGUUCUGGACAUCCUCAAGGUUCUGUUUAAAGAUGGAUAUAAAUUCCUGGAGAACAACCCGUCUUCAAUGUCACCGGAUAUCGGCAGUUCCAGCACAACAUUAUCCUUGAUCAACUGAACUUCAUCAACACCCGAGCUUCACUCAAAUAGAGGACACUUUCAGGCUUCUUCAGCCUUUCAUAUGCUCUUCCUAUAGGGCAAACAUGUACAGCUGAAUUAAAAGCCCUGCUGUAUAUUUGUAACCCUAUUUCUUUUUAGCGGAGAGAAGAUUUUUUCAGCACAUUUCUAUACAUAAUAGCUUUAAUAACUCAUCUCUAAUAAAUGAUUUCUUUUAUAUUGACCAUGUUGACAGCACAAGUGACAUGUAAAGGCUUCACUAGGGUAAUUAGGGUAAAGUUAAAGUAAUUAGGCAAGUCAUUGUACAACAGUGUUUUUUUUUUCUGGAGACAAUCCAACACUAAUAUUGCUGAAGGGGUGAAUAAUAUUGAGCUUAAAAUGGUGUUUAAAAAAUUAAAAACUGCUUUUAUUAUAGCUGAAAUAAAACAAGUAAGAAUAAAACAAGUGCUAAAAUUUGUUAAAUCCACCUGAUACUCUUUUGUGGACUGAUGUUAUGAACAUUAUUAAUGUCCUGUUUCUUAACUGUAGGUUACAAUAGCUUUGGGUUUCAUAAUGGGGAAUGAAUGAUCAUCAUCAUCAUAAUAAUAAUAAUAAUGAUCAUAUAAUAAAGGCAUAAAUCU